UGUGAGAUUUCAGAAACCAACGUUGCAUUGCAUACUCUGCUUUCGGAGGGAUGGAUGGAAGUCGAAGGUGACAUUGAAGCCCAUUGGGAAGAAGGUACACAGGCUGGUUGACCUCCGAACGGCCCCGCCUGCCCCGCGUCUGAUAGCCGGAAAUUUCGCCAUCGUCACCACAAUAAUAACCCCUUUCCCUUACACAUUCUCAUCCCAGACCUCAAUUUACCCUAUCAAUCCUCGCCAAUAUGACCGGACACGUGGAAGAGCCCAAGCGCUUCUCGCCAAAGGAGCCCGUUCAGCUCAAUCCUCCCAAGGAUGACCCGAUCACCAAGGAGGAAUUGGCCAAAUGCGACGGCACGGACUCCAGUCGCCCGACUUUGGUCGCUAUCAAGGGCAUUGUCUUCGAUGUGACCCGGAACGCGGCCUACAGCCCAACUGGCCAGUAUCAUGUGUUCGCAGGAAAGGACCCCUCGCGGGCCCUCGCCUCCUCGUCCCUCAAGCCCGAAGACUGCGUGCCCGAUUGGUAUGACCUCGAGGACAAGGAGAAGACUGUUCUGGAUGAGUGGUUCACUUUCUUCAGCAAGAGAUACAACAUCGUUGGGAAGGUUCAGGGUGCCACGAACUACUAGGUGAUCGAAAACAGCAAAUACUACAAAAACAACUGCAACAAAACAAGACCCAAGGCUGAUCUGGUUCGGAAGGUGUACUACUAUCACACCACAUUGACUAUCCCCCUCCCUAUACCCACACGAGUACAGCUCCUGAUGUCUGAAGGUGAUUCCUGCUCGGCAUCUUAGUCUUGUUCGGCAAUGAUGUUUCUUUUCGUAAAUCUUGCACUUUUUCAAUUGACCUAAACAUGUAGGGGAAUAAUUACAGAUAAAUGUCUAUGCAUAAGGGUACCCUUUUUCCUGCCCAUAUUACUUCCCUCACUUCCGCGAUCUCCGUU